ACAACAUGCCGGAGUCCAGAAGGGAGGCAGAGACAGACGAGAAAGGAGAAAAGCCGUCUAAAAACAUAAUUUCAGUCAUUUCUCAGUUCGCUGACGAUAAUUUAACCAUUAUCCGGAACAUCAGUACUGGACUAGCAAUUGCCGGCGUAAUAGUAAUAUCAAGGAGUAUUAAAUUGAUCACUAGGUUUGGAGUAGCCUCUGAGAUCCCAGCAAGGUUCAUAGAGAAGAAUGUGAGCCUCAGAGGGAGAGUCCAGACCAUCACAGAGAUGGGCCUGGAGGUGGAGCACAUCCCCAUCUACAUCCCUGUCCUCUCCCCCCUGCUGGCUAAAGGUGGUGGUCGUGUGUAUCCAUUGGCUGUGCGCCUGGCGGGGGUGGAGCUGACCCCAGAGGGGAGGGCGUGGCUGGAGCAGCACCUGAGCCCGGCCCAGACGGUGUGGCUCAAACUGGUCAGCAGAGAGGAGGAGACACUGCACUGUCUGGUGUCUGUUAGCCGGGGGUCAUUGAGGAGUCUGUGUCUGAAUGAGGAAGUGUUGAGGUUGGGUCUGGCACGCACUGUCCCAGUCUCUGGACUCCACCCUCAGUCCCACCUUUACCUGCGGCUCCACCAACGGCUGCUCAAGGCAGAGGUCAAGGCCGAGCGGAAGGGGCGAGGCAUGUGGAAAGAGGAUAGCCUAUGGGAGAGGACCUCACAGGCUGUUUGGGACAACUCACUGGUCAGACUCAUCAGGAGGAUCUUCAAGUGGACGUGAUUGGUUGGUUGAUUGAUUGACUGGUUGAUUGAUUGAUUGAUUGACUGACUGAUUGGUUGAUUUCAAGUGGGCUUGAAAGUAAGUUUAUGAAUGUUGCAAGGCUCAGGCCCGUCUCAGAAUACAGCUGGGUCAUUAUGUGUCUGUGUUUGAGAAGUGGAUCAUCUAUUUGUCAACUUGCCACUUCACCGAUUUGCUGAAAACGGACAAUAUUCACACCAAUAUCUGUCCAAACAAUCUUUUCUCCUGUACUUUACUAUCUGGGAAAAGUGUGAAACGAUGUCUCAAAAGAAUGGGGGUAUGGACUAAAUCGUAGACAUGGGACAAAAAUGUUUUGACCCACGUGCUUAUCAAAAUGUAUAUAUAUAUCGAUGGAGAUUAAACGCACUGACACGGUAAUGACAAGACAGAAUAGAAACCAGUCUACUUACAGUUAUUGUUCCCCUUCGUGGGUCAGAAAAUGUUGAUGUUUGAUUAGAUAAUGUAAAGAAACUUGGCUGUCAGAAAUCCACUUUGAUUUGUGAAAUAAAUAUGCAUUGGUUAAUUCAUUUCUGCAUUGUGUUUAAUAUUCUAGAUGAUCAAUCAUGAAUAAGUAAUGCUGCAUAUAAAAGCCAUUGUGAAAUUUGAUGGGAGAUUGUGAUUGGGGCGAUUACAAAUUCUCUUUGGGGAUUUACCUCAAAGUGCUGGUUGAAUAGAGGGUAAUUUCAUGCUAAUGUAUUUAAAUUAUGCCCAUAUGUAUAUAGAAAUUAGUUGUUAUUCAAUCAAUAUAAUAACCAAACAUAAGGACCGUCAGUGGUUUAACAACAUUGAUGUAUCAUUUCAAAGAAUAUAUAUUUUUUAAAUAUUUGACAUUCAAAUUGAAUACCUGAAGUCCCACCAAAAUAUCUGGAUUCUAUUGAUUUUCUGUCUCUAAUUAAACAUUUGUUUAUGUGCUAUAGUACAGUCAGUAUUUUAUGGAUUAUUUUAUUCUUAAAGAGUAGAUGAUGGUACUCCAUUAUGCAGCUGUUACAUUUCAUCUGGACUGGAUGUUUGAUGUAAAUAUUUAAGACUAUUGAAUGUUUCUCAUAUCCAGCUCACGUUCAGCUAAAGAGGUGGACUAGAGUGACGUGGACUAGAGUGACGUGGACUAGAGUGACGUGGACUAGAGUGACGUGGACUAGAGUGACGUGGACUAGAGUGACGUGGACUAGAGUGACGUGGACUAGAGUGACGUGGACUAGAGUGACGUGGACUAGCGUAACGUGGACUAGCGUAACGUGGACUAGCGUAACGUGGACUAGAACUGGCAGCCAGGUCUUCCUGUACUAGACUGGGCUGUAGCUAGAAACCAGAAUAUUCAGAAGGCUUGAGCUGGGCCAUGGUGGACAGAGAGAUGGAGGACUAGAGAUAAUGGAUAAGGAAAUAUGUUGUUUUCUCCUGUCUAAAUAAUGUUGUUUUCACUUGUCUAAAUAAUGUUUUCUCCUGUCACGUUCCUGACCUUAUUUUUCCUUGUUUUGUAUUUAUUUAGUAUGGUCAGGGCGUGAGUUGGGGUGGGUUGUCUAUGUGUG